AUGUCCUCCAGAGAUGCUUCCCACGCCGGGUCCUGGUACUCUGAUAGUACGCGGACCCUUACUCGGCAGCUGGAUGACUGGCUGGCGCAGGUGCCGGACAGGCUGGACAACAUCGGAUCCCUCCCAGUUCCCGGUGCCCGGGUCAUCAUCGCACCACAUGCGGGGUACUCUUACUCGGGACCUUGCGCGGCCUACGCAUACAAAGCGCUCGAUUUGACCAAGGCGAAGCGAAUCUUUGUCCUGGGCCCUUCCCACCAUUAUCCGCUCUCGACGCUCGCCCUUCCUCAAGUCACCUCCUACUAUACCCCGCUCUCAGAGGAGCCACUUCCGCUGGACACAGAGCUGAUCGCCAGGCUCUUGAAAACGCAAGCAACUAAGCCAAAUGGAAGCAAGGUCAGCUUUACUACUAUGAUCCAGUCUGUCGACGAGGAAGAGCAUAGUAUUGAGAUGCACCUACCCUACAUCCACCGUCUCCUGCAGCUACAGCACCCGAACACCCCAACCGCACAAUAUCCACCAUUGGUUCCAAUAAUGGUGGGCAGCACAUCCGCUGGAACAGAACAAGCAUUCGGUGCUCUUCUGGCUCCGUAUCUAGCCGAUCCCUCGAAUGCCUUCGUCAUUAGCUCAGACUUCUGCCACUGGGGUCUUCGCUUCCGCUACACAUACUACGUCCCAGCCGCUCCCAAGCCAGGACCUCGGCUCCCGAUUUCCAGCGACGCCCUUCCCCAACCCGGGACAAACUUAGACGUCGUAUCAGAGAGCAUCGAAUCAGUCUCGGCUGGACACGCCUUGCAGCGGCGAGAUCGCAUCCCAAACCAGCAACCAGCCAUCCACGAAAGUAUCUCAGCAUUUGAUAUUGCCACCAUGGCAGCCAUCACAACCGGAUCGGCAGAGACCUUCUUGGAUAUUAUUGACCGCACAGGGAACACCGUCUGUGGUAGACACCCGAUUGGCGUGAUCAUGGCGGCGCUCGAGGUUGUCACGGCGGAUAAACCGGCAGGCAAGCAGGGCCAGUUCCAUUUCCUGCGGUAUGAACGUAGCUCCGAUGCGGUGGAUGUGAAUGACAGCUCUGUGAGCUAUGUCUCUGCGCUAGCUGCUCUUUAA